CAACUAAAUCUGAAUUUGGUUGUGCAUCAACAGACAGACUGCAGACUCUCGUUAGCUUGUCGGCCAUUCCUAUAAGACAGUUCCUAUUCAAAUAUCCUUUGACAUAAUAGGCACGACAUCCAUUGACGACGAAAGCCUUACUAGUAGUAGGACCAUGGCAUCCCUCAAAGAAGUGGGCUCCACGAGCGGCAGCAAUCGAGCCGCCGAUCAGGAUGAAGCUGGCCUCAUGAAAGAUAUCCGAGCCACCGUGCUGCAAGAGUGUCGCGUAUUGGAAGACGUAGAAGACCAGGUUGUCGCAGUCAAAUCAUCAUCAUCAUCUGCCACCACCACCACCAUCACCAAGGAGAAAGUCGGGAAGGAACUUGCUGACGACGAGGAAUCUGGGAGGCUAGUGUUUUUCCUGAAUGCCUUUGACAUUCAACCGGGCGCCGUGGCAGUGGGUGGAUGUGGUGCACUGGAUGCCAGCGUUGGUAGUCUAGCAGAGAACUCAUCUCUGCCCGUUUCAGAAGAGAGACCGGAAGAACCCAACGAUGCUGAGAGCCAUCCGUAUGCCGCAAGCUGCCGUUAUGCUGACCAAGACACAUGUUCCCGUUCUACUGGUUCCAUGACACGGAUGGAGAGCUGUGAAAGCUUGGGUGGUCUUGUCGAAGCAAGGUUUGUCAACGACGAUGAGAACCCCGCCGCAUUGCCCCAAGCUCGUCCUUAUCAAGAUCACAGAACCAAGUCAUCCUCCCCCAAGAGUCCCUGGACCAAAAGGAACCAGCUCUUUGCAGUUGCCGCAGUGACACUUUUGGCUGGUGUGGUGGUAUCCGUGUUUCUUGGUCUCUUGCUUCCCAACAAGCAUCAGCAUGAUCACCCAGCAGCAGACAAUGGGCUGAACAAGGACCAUGAAUCCAAGAACCACACCGAAGGAAACUGGAUCUUGCCUCUUCCCGCGGAGACACAGCAGUCCAUCCUUCAGGAUUCACACUCUCCCCAAGCGCGGGCGUAUCAUUGGCUCCAGGCGGACCCUCGCCUAUCCGACUACCCGGAAUGGCGGCGCAUCCAACGAUACGCCUUGGCGACACUCCACUUUGCAACUACAACAGCAACGCAAUCGUCAUGGGUCAUUGACCAACACUGGCUUUCUUACGACAUCUCCGAGUGCCACUGGAAAACCAAGAUGGACUUUGCGGACAUUCUGUCCCUAGAUCCACACUACCUGGUCGAUGCCAUGGUGGAACAACUCGAAGAAGACGCAGGAAAUGAACCCAGCCGCACGGGAUUUCACUUGGGAGAGAUUUUGCAUGCAGGAUAUCCGUCUCAGCAUGAUGGACAUCGCCUACUAGUAUCGCAGCAGCAACAUGCAGCACAUCAUGCCGAACAGCAUCACCAAGACAACCAUGUUACUGAUCCUCCACAUCAUCACGACUCUACACUUCCCAACUAUUGCGAUGACGAUGGUAUCUACAGACGAUUGUGGUUGUACAACAUGAAUCUACAAGGCACACUUCCGCCCGAGGUAUUCUUGCUCCGUCACUUGCAAAUCAUGGAUGUGUGUGGCAACGAGGGCCUUUCUGGAAUUCUGCCGGAUCAGAUUGGCGAGUUGCAAGAGCUCCAAUACUUUUUCUUGGAAGACAAUUCUUUUACAGGCUCUAUUCCCAGUGAAGUCGGGAAUCUCUCACAACUCAAGCUCUUGUCCAUGGACUUUCAACCCUAUUUGACUGGAGAUUUGCCAACAGAACUUGGUCGACUCGAGAAUCUGUUCUAUCUCUCGUUCCCAUACCGGAGCAAUCAGGAGCAGUUGCUCGGGUCCAUCAUUCCUUCCGAGUUGGGCCUUCUUUCCAACAGCUUGCAAGUGCUCGAUCUCACCGCCGCGACGCUUACUGGAACGGUGCCUCGGGAACUGACAGCGCUAAGCAACCUACAGAUUCUCAAGCUUGCAGGCAAUCCUGGGCUUCAGGGUGACGUCAUGACGUCUCUUCCGUGGCCCAAUCUUCAGUGGCUCGACAUGUCGAAGAAUGCCUUGAUCACGGGCAACAUUUCCUCCAUGUUGGGGCAGGAGCAACUCAUGCUUCUAAAGGGACUGGACAUUCGAGGCACUCAAAUCACGGGAAUCGUGCCGCAACAGCUUUGUUCGCUUCCGCUUGCUUUUACAUGCUCCCACAUCUUGUGUGGUUGCAACUGUAGUUGCACAGGAUAACCACGGACGGUUCGUUCGUUACCGUACUCGCGCGAUCAUGGAGCCAACAAUGAUGGAUUGUUGCACUUCUUGCGCAUGCACAAAUGAAAGACGCACGUUGCCAAAGCCGUUAUUCUUGCUUGGCCAGGGUGGUGCAACGAUCGAUGUCUGCGGGCUCCCGGUCCCCUCGAAAGCUGCUUACAGCGGUGGGUACCGGUACCAAAGCCUCAGAUCGGGCCGAGAGCCGAACAACCGGCCCUUCUCAUGGCUAUGGGGAUGCGCUUGGUUGUAAUUUGCUACACAUUGAAGCUGUCAAAAGAAAGACUUUCACGAGCAAAGUCGUGAAAAUAUCGAAAGGCUGAUGUGUGCUGCAAGAUAUGUUGUGUCUUGAGAUCUGACUGGUGUUAGAAAGAGCAAAUUACACGGCAUCGUUUCGUCUUGGAGCCUCGAAACUACCGGUGCUUUGUAGACCCAUUUCUAAUAAUUCCUAAGACACCGCCACCGCCGGUAUACCGGUAUCCAACUCGGCCGACCGCUCUUCAGUUAGCCUAUUUUGGUUAUGUGCGUUAUUGCGUUGGAUAUUUGAUCCCUUUUCGUGUAUGCCCGACCUUGCGGAUUGUUUGUUCCUAUCACCAAGCGAAGCACCUCAGCAAGGUCACGAAACGUGACUAACAACUUAGUUUCACCGUUUUCUUAGUUUCACCCUUUCUUAGUUUCACGGAAAUUCCCGAUUUCCGUGAAACUAACU